GGCGAGGGAAGGGAGCGAGCCCCGCGGCCGGAGCCCGGCCCGCCCCGGGGGCCGCUCGGACUCGGACUGCGCCCUCCUGCUCGGCCCCGAGCGGAGGCGGCCGUGGGGAUGCCAGGGGGGCUGCCGAGCGGGAGAGGACGAGCACUGCCAGAGAAGACUUUUCCUCGGAGCUGGUGCUGCUAAGUCUCAGAUCCCGACCGUGAACAGGGUGGGUUGCUUUCUUCUUCCAAGAUCUCAGGUCUGAGUGAGUCGCCAGUGUACGCGUAUAUAUGUUACGUCUAACAUAUAUGAUAUAUUGCCUAGCUCUUAAUAGCUUUCCCCCCGAAAACGGCCAAAGUCUUUAAUAUGAGUUACUCUAUAUGUGGAAGCAAAGAAAUCUUCUUUCAAGUGGAGCUGCAGUUUUGCUGAAUAAUCACGUGUGAGUUAGGGGCGGGCUCUUGGCAAGGAGCUUUUUUACGAGUAUUUACUACAAGGUCUACUCCAGAAGAUUAACCAUCCCAAUCCUUCUGUCAGUCUCCGAUGCCAUGCCUGGUUAAAAAAAAAUCUCAUCUUUUUCCGAUCGUCAGUCACCCUAAAGAAUGGCCGAGCCUUCUGGGAACGAGCUGGCGUCCGCGGCUGCCAAGGGGGACCUAGUGCAACUUACUAAUUUGUUGCAAAAGAAUGUAAACGUCAAUGCACAAAAUGGAUUUGGGAGGACUGCGCUGCAGGUGAUGAAACUCGGCAAUCCCGAAAUUGCCCGGCGGUUGCUCAUGAGCGGUGCGAACCCCGAUCUGAAAGACAGUACUGGCUUCGCUGUAAUUCACGACGUAGCCAGAGCGGGUUUUCUGGACACUUUGCAGACUCUGCUGGAGUUUAAAGCCGACGUUAACAUCGAGGAUGCCGAGGGCAACCUGCCCCUGCACCUGGCCGCGCAGGAGGGCCACGUGCCGGUGGUGGAGUUCCUGCUGAAGAGCACGGCCAGCAAGGUGGGCCACCAGAACAAGCGGGGCGACACCGCCUACGACGUGGCCAAGCUGUACAAGCGCAGCGCCGUGCUCCGGCUGCUGGAGGGCGGCCGCCCCCCCGCCGCCACCGAGUGAGGGGGGCCCGCCGGACGCUGAGCCCGCCGGCCUCCUUCCUCCUUCUUCCCCCCCGCCUUUUAAUAACGUCGGGUCCCACCUGCCUUCUAGUUUGGCUUUUUUUUUUUUUUUUUUUUUUUUGGAUAGCGCAAAGCCGGAGAAAUUGCCGAGGUGGGUUUUUCUUUUUUCUUUAUUUUUUUUUAUUUUUUUUUUAGAGGAUGCAAAUGGUCGAAAUCCGCCCCGCCGGCAAUUUCUGCCACCUCCCCGUGUAUAUGUCGGUCACUCCUAUCUAUGUAGCUUCCCACUAGCGGCUUCUCCCAAUUUACCUUAGCUCAUUAUUAAUCCAAAAGCCACCUAGUCACCUGCUUCUCGGCGUGCUAAGGGAGCCAAGGGGCACCGGGCCCUCUUGCUCCCCUCCGGGCUCCGCAGCCCCGGGGGGAGCGGGGAGCCGAGAUUUGGGGAUCACACCUCCGAGCGGGCCGGGGGUGUCGCUUGGCAGCUGGGGGGGCUGCCUGCAGCUCGCCCUUACCAGGAGCUUGUAGGGCUUGUAGGGCGCUGACGUCCCCAACGUAGAUGCCACUUCUCCCCUCUGUGUAUUUAAACUCGCACCGAGUUGCUUUUCAGUUUAGUUACCAGAAACAACCUGAGCGGCGUUUUUUAUUGCCAGAGGUUUCAAAGAGUUCAGCUUAGCGCUUCGUGUUCACUGUGCACUGGAGAAUACAGUUUUUCUAGCUUCAAACCAGCAGAUAACCGUUGUCAGAGCAAAGAGUAUCAGCAAGCUGUAAUGCGACAAGUUUUCCGGUCACUUAAUAAGCUGAGCGCAGUCUAGAUGCUCUUAAGAAACGAUUGCUUUCCACCAGCUAUUUUGUUUUGUCUGGGAAAAAAAUAAAUAACAAUGGUAGAUGCCUCUCACAAAACAUGAAUAUUUGAAUACGGUGAAAUUGAGGAAGCAACACGUUUGGUCUUUGUAGAGUUAUAUUAUCCCUUGUACCUAAAAAACAAUUUAACCCUUGAAAAUGUUCCCUUACAACGUAGUUGAGUGUAUUCACAAGACCAAACCUCAUUUCCCUCUCCGGCUGCAAGGGGAGCUGAGGAUGCUCCGCGCCUCGUCGGGAGAGUGUAGCAGGAAACUUAACGAUGGAAUGGAGGUGCUCGACAGACAGGCAGCUGAAAGCGCUUUAUUUUGGAUAAUCUAAUUUUUAAUGGCACAGAAUAGUUUUUACAUCAACGUAAAAUUAAUAGACAGCUACAAAACAGCACUUAAAAGAGGAGGGAGCGUACAUUAGUUUGCGUUUUCUCUCUUAAAAAAAAAUAUUUUAGCCCCACGGAAUCUAUCGCUGUUGUUUUUAAGUAAAAAAAAAAUAUUUUCCUGAAAGUGUUCGCGCCGUUACCAUACUCUGUGUCACGCUGCUGUGUUUUCUGAUUAAAAACCUCUGCGAAACGUA